AAGCUGGUUGCAGAUCUUCGGUCCUGUCAAAAAAGAAAAAAAAAAGUUGUUAAGGAAGGGCGCUCUAUAUUUCCGGCAAAGAAAUGCAAAGGCCCACGAGAAAAGCCAGAGACAGGCCCAAAACACACAUCCUGGCAACAAGCCUCAUUUACCGAACAUAUAUAUAGCAUCGCACACACCACCACAAAGUGCGUUCCAGAAAUACUCGCAAAACAUCUCUAUCUAAUACAUUUUCAGAGAAUCUCGCAAUAAACCCUAGACUCCUUACCCAUGGAUACUAUUGAGGAUGACAUUCGCGAUUUGCAACUUGAUUCAGCUGAGAAUGAGGCUAAUGGAGAAGAUGCAGCAUCUGCUGAAGUUGAGAUAUCUGAUCGCAAGGAUGAAGGCAUAGACGUUACUGAGGUGGAAGAAAACUCACACUUGCAUGUGGAGCCAAAAAAUUCUCGUGAAGCGGUACAGCAAGAACUGCCUGGUCCUGAGAAAACCGAAAAUGAGAAUGAAGAUGCUAAGAAGAGGCACUUUAACGUCGUGUUUAUUGGUCAUGUUGAUGCUGGAAAGUCUACAAUUGGUGGUCAAAUACUAUUCCUUAGUGGGCAGGUUGAUGAACGCACAAUCCAGAAGUACGAGAAGGAAGCAAGGGAUAAUAGCAGAGAAAGUUGGUAUAUGGCAUACAUUAUGGACACUAAUGAAGAAGAAAGAAAUAAGGGAAUUACGGUUGAAGUUGGAAGAGCACACUUCGAAACAGAAACAACAAGAUUUACCAUUCUUGAUGCACCAGGCCAUAAAAGUUACGUACCGAAUAUGAUCAGCGGGGCAUCUCAAGCUGAUAUAGGUGUGCUGGUGAUCUCUGCCCGAAAAGGAGAAUUUGAAACAGGUUUUGAGAAAGGUGGGCAGACUAGAGAACAUGUCCAGCUCGCAAAGACUCUGGGUGUCACUAAGCUCCUUGUUGUCGUGAAUAAGAUGGAUGAUCCUACAGUGAACUGGUCUAUAGAAAGGUACAAUGAAAUCGAGUCAAAAAUGGUACCGUUCAUAAAGACCUCAGGAUAUAAUGUGAAGAAAGAUGUCCAAUUUCUACCAAUUUCUGGGCUUCAAGGUUCAAAUUUGCAGACAAGAGUGAGCAAAGAUGUUUGUUCAUGGUGGAAUGGUGCAUGCCUUUUCGAAGCCCUUGAUGCCAUAGAUAUUCCACCUCGUGACCCAAAUGCCCCAUUUAGGUUGCCUAUUAUGGACAGAUUUAAAGACAUGGGUACUGUUGUUAUGGGUAAAUCAGAAUCUGGUAGUGUGAGGGAGGGUGAUGUUUUAAUGAUUAUGCCAAACAAGGCUCCUGUGAAAGUUCUUGCUAUAUAUUGUGAUGACGAUAAAGUCAGGCAUGCUGGACCUAGUGAGAAUUUGCGGGUCAGAUUAUCUGGGAUUGAGGAAGAGGAUAUAUUGUUGGGUUUCGUCCUUUGUAGUGUUGCUAGACCAAUAUCUGCAGUUACUUCGUUUGUUGCCCAGUUGCAAUUCCUAGAGGUUCUGGAUAAUGCAAUUUACACUGCUGGUUACAAGGCAGUAUUGCAUAUUCACUCUGUCGUAGAAGAAUGUGAAAUUGUUGAGCUGAUGAAACAGAUUGACAUGAAGACAGGGAAGCCUAUGAAAAAAAAAGUACUAUUUGUAAAGAAUGGCGCUGUUGUUCUGUGCCGCAUCCAGGUGAACAAUUUGAUAUGUAUUGAGAAAUACACAGAUUUUCCACAGUUAGGACGCUUCACUCUCCGCACUGAAGGAAAAACUGUUGCAGUCGGGAGAGUACAUGAGCUUCCUACAUCAAGUACUAGCGCAUAACUAAUUUUGGUGAAUGAGGAAAACUGGGAUGAAAGAAAAAAAUUAUUGUUACAUCUAGCGUAAAGUAACUGCAAAAAUGAGUUGAGAUCACUUCAAAUUGAGUUUGUAUCUUCUGUUAUUAUAUAAAAAGCAUGUCACCAUGAUGUUGUAUUCAACCUCGGGUUAGCUAAAUACUGGCGAUGACUACCUGUGUUGAUACUACCUCAAAAAAGAUUUGAUAUUGGUUCUUAUUGGGCAGGAUUAGUGUUUGAGCCUGUUUUUUGUCUUCAGACUAGUGUAGGCUUGAAAAUUAGAUUGCUGGAUUCUUUCAGGAAUUUGUUGUAGUUGCUUCGUACAAUGUUUGUUUUCUGCAUAAAAAUUGAGUGGCAGAAAACAUAAUCUGCAGUUUUCUGUUCUUUUGGGCAUGUAUUUGCGAUAACUUUACCUUGAGUCUGAAUUAUUAUAUCAUGUAUAGUUGUGAAGUAGGUGGUGAAAUUGCUUCUUUUUUUUUUUUUUUUGAAAAUUAUUAGUCUUACUUAUAAGUUACUCUAUAAGUUAUACACCUUGGCAGACUAGACAUCAAUACAUAAGAUUUUUAUGGUUACUGGUU